GUGGCCUUCCCCUCCCCUCCCUCGGCCUCCCGGGUCCCGCUGCAGCGUCAGCCUCGCCGGGACCUCGGUGGCGGCGGGCCCCUCGUCUCAGCCGCAUCACCCUAGUCGCCCCUUGCCCGGGUCCACCGCGCCCCCUGCCCUACCGCCCGGCGCCGGCCUAGGCCGCGGCCGCAGCCCCCGACUCGCGUCGGCGCCGCCCGCUCGCGGCCCGCCCCCUAUGGGCCCCGGCUGAGGCGCCGCCGCCGGCCCGCGGAGCCCCGAUGCUGGCCCGGAGGAAGCCGGUGCUGCCGGCCCUCACCAUCAACCCCGCCAUCGCCGAGGGCCCGUCCCCAACCAGCGAGGGCGCCUCCGAGGCAAACCUGGUGGACCUGCAGAAGAAGCUGGAGGAGCUGGAGCUGGACGAGCAGCAAAAGAAGCGGUUAGAGGCCUUCCUGACGCAGAAGGCCAAGGUUGGUGAGCUCAAGGACGACGACUUUGAAAGGAUCUCAGAGCUGGGAGCUGGCAAUGGCGGGGUGGUCACCAAGGUCCAGCACAGGCCAUCGGGCCUCAUCAUGGCCAGAAAGCUGAUCCACCUGGAGAUCAAGCCAGCCAUCCGGAACCAGAUCAUCCGCGAGCUUCAGGUCCUGCACGAGUGCAACUCCCCGUACAUCGUGGGCUUCUACGGCGCCUUCUACAGCGACGGGGAGAUCAGUAUCUGCAUGGAGCACAUGGACGGGGGCUCCCUGGACCAGGUGUUGAAGGAGGCCAAGAGGAUCCCCGAGGAGAUCUUGGGGAAGGUCAGCAUUGCGGUUCUCCGGGGCCUGGCAUACCUUCGAGAAAAGCAUCAGAUCAUGCACCGAGAUGUGAAGCCCUCCAACAUCCUGGUCAACUCCAGAGGGGAGAUCAAGCUGUGCGACUUCGGGGUGAGCGGGCAGCUCAUCGAUUCCAUGGCCAACUCCUUCGUGGGAACGCGGUCCUACAUGUCUCCAGAGCGAUUGCAAGGCACACACUAUUCGGUGCAGUCGGACAUCUGGAGCAUGGGCCUGUCCUUGGUGGAGCUGUCCAUCGGGAGGUACCCCAUUCCCCCACCCGAUGCCAAGGAGCUGGAGGCCAUCUUCGGCAGGCCCGUGGGCAACGGUGCAGAAGGAGAGCCCCACAGCACCUCACCCCGGCCGAGACCCCCUGGGCGCCCCAUAAGCGGUCACGGGAUGGACAGCCGGCCAGCUAUGGCCAUCUUCGAGCUGCUGGACUACAUUGUGAAUGAGCCACCUCCCAAGCUACCCAGUGGCGUGUUCAGCCCACACUUCCAGGAGUUCGUGCAUAAAUGCCUCAUUAAGAACCCAGCAGAACGAGCAGAUCUGAAGAUGCUCAUGGGCCACGCCUUCAUCAAGCGCUCAGAGGCUGAAGAGGUGGACUUCGCCGGCUGGUUGUGCAGGACCCUGCGGCUGAACCAGCCCAGCACGCCCACGCGCACCGCUGUGUGACGGCCACCCGGCUCCCGUGUCUGGCCGCCUGCCUGCCUGCCCCAUCUGUGCCCGCCCUCUGGCCCCUCCUGCCCCGGGAACAUUUGUGUCCUCAUGUCCCCUGGGUUGCUGCCUGGCCUGGGAGGGACACUGCUCCUGUCACCGUCUAGGAACCUGCUUACUUAGUUUAAAAACAAAACAGGGAGAGGAAAAGCAAA